AUGUCUGUCAACAUGAAGAGAAUUGGCACCGGACAGAGUUUCAGUACAUUCGAGGCUGAUGGCAGCUGCAGAGAACUCCAACAUAUUCCACAGAAGCCAACCUCAGACAAUUCGAUGCAAUGGUCAAGUCAGGUACACAAGCAACAUUGUUCAGAAGACAGCGAUUUCCCGGACGCUGUCCUCAGAUACAUUAAUCAGAUCCUCAUGGAAGAGGACAUAGAUGAGGAAUCACAUAUGCUCCAAGACUCCCUGGAUCUUCAGAUGGCCGAGAAAUCUCUGUACGAGGUUCUGGCACAAAAACAUCCUCCUGCACCUGAAAAGAGCCAAACUUUCAACAUUAGUCAAAAUGGAAAAUAUCCAGAUGACAAUUUCAUAUUGCAGCAAGAUACAGGAUGCGUAAGCAUUAGCGUCAAUAGUUUGGGUCAGAGCUCAAACAAUUGCAGCGCAGUAUGUGGUGUUACUGUUUUGAGCACAUCUCAGUUGUCUCACAGCUCUUCCAAUAGUAGUCUACUUUCUACAGUCAGUAGCAUAUUGGACUAUCAAGGUUGUUUUCAACCAGUGCAGUUUCCCCGGCAGUACAACUGGGGGACAAAUGAGGUUGGUGAUGGUGACUUCAUUGCGAAUAACAAUGAUGAGCACUGUACUGAUCCACAAAUAACUAAGCAAUUAACUCAGGGCAAAAAUGGAGCAACGAGUAUGGAAUUCCUUGAACAAGAAAAGCAGAGCUCAGAGGAGAACCUCUGCAGUGGAGUAGGAAGAAGGAAGUCCCAUGGAAGAGAAGAAGAAAUGGGAGGAGAGGAAGAAGAGAGAAGUAGAAAACAAGCUGCAGUUUAUGCAGACUCUGAAUUACGCUCGGAAGCAUUCGACGCCGUGUUGCUCAGUAGUGGUGGGGAAAAUCUAGCCCGUCUCCUGAGUCUCCGUGCAUCCCUGAAGGAUGGAGUAAGCAAGAAUUUGCAUUCAGUAGAACAGCCCAAGGGAUCCAAUGCCCGAAGAGGCCGUCGGAAGAAACAGAAGGAACAGGAGUUGAUGGAUGUAAGAGCUCUUCUUAUCCAAUGUGCACAAGCAGUUGCCAGUAACGAUAUUAGAAGCACGAAUUCACUGCUAGGAAAGAUCAGGAAGUAUGCCUCUCCUUUCGGUGAUGGGACCCAGAGACUGGCUCACUUUUUUGCUGAUGGGCUCGAGGCUCGUUUGGCAGGCACAGGGAGUGAUAUAUGCAGAGGGCUUAUUCGUAAAAGAAGAGUGGCUUCGGAAACGCUGAAAGCAUACCAGCUUUACCUUGCAGCUAGUCCAUUCCAGAGAAUCUCAAACAUAGUCUCCAACAAGACUAUACUGAAAAUAGCGGCCGAUGCAAAGACGCUCCAUGUCAUAGAUUUUGGCAUUCUUUAUGGUUUCCAGUGGCCCACCCUCAUCCAUCACCUCUCUCGGUGGCCUGGUGGGCCACCAAAACUUCGGAUCACUGGGAUAGACCUGCCACAGACCGGGUUCCGCCCAGCUGAGCGGGUAGAGGAGACAGGCCGUCGACUGGGAAAAUAUGCUGAGGGCUUUAAUGUGCCAUUUGAGUACAAUGCUAUUGCAAAGAAAUGGGAGUCCAUCGAAGUGGAGGAACUUAAGAUAGACAAGGAAGAGGUUACUAUAGUCAACUGCAUGUACCGAUUCAAGAACUUGUACGAUGAAACAGUCAUGGAGAACAGUUCGAGGGACAUUGUUCUCAAUCUUAUCAGAAAAAUCAAUCCCACUUUAUUCAUCCAUGGCAUCGUUAACGGAACCCACAAUGCCCCUUUCUUUGUAACCAGAUUUCGAGAAGCACUGUUUCACUUCUCUGCUCUGUUUGAUAUGCUUGACAUAAUUGUUCCCCGAAUAAACCAAGAGAGGAUGCUAAUUGAGAGGGAUAUGUUUGGGUGGGAAGCUUUGAAUUCUGUUGCUUGUGAGGGAUGGGAGAGAGUUGAGAGACCAGAGACAUACAAGCAGUGGCAAGUCCGUAACUUAAGGGCAGGGUUUGAGCAGGUUCCCUUGGACAAGAAAAUCGUAACAUUUUUAACCGACCGGGUCAUGACAAGCUACCAUAAGGAUUUUGUGAUGGAUGAAGUUAGCAAGUGGCUUCUGCAGGGAUGGAAGGGUCGAUUUCUGUAUGCCCUUUCUACUUGGAAACCAGCUUAGGGAACUGCGAGGAAACGCUUUACUACUUUGAGUAGGCCUUUCUUUUGCAGCCUCUCACUGGAACAUUAUGAUAACCAGGAUACUUGAGGGCUAACAGUAAAAUGUUUUAGAUAAGCCAGUCUUUCCCAAGCUCAUGAUGCGGUUCAG